AUGGUAAAUGCCAACGAAUGGUUGUAUGAAAAAAUUCCAGUAAAUCAAAGAGCACAAGCAACAAAUCUUUACAUCUACAGGCAAUGUCAAAGUGGUCAUACCGUCCAUCAAUAUAAUUGUAAUAAUUGUGUAAAUAAAACCAACUGUUCUACUGCUCCAACCUUUCAAUUCUAUGGUAUUCUUUUGGAAGGAGAGCUAGAUCUUAAUGACUUUGUUAAUUUGCAGCAAUUAUAUAUCUACGGUACUGGACAGAAUCAGGAUCAGCAACAAAAGUUAACUAGUUUGAAGAUUGAUAAAUGUAAUAAGUUGGAACGUAUCGCAAUUAAUUAUAAUAGCACUUUUAUUUACAAUUUAUUUGGUGAGAAUGAUUCUAAUUUUAAUAGGAUAAAAAGCCAAGUAGAUAGAUUAACUAGUAUUAUUCGAAAUGUUAAAGGCGUUAAUCUUAGUGAUUUAAAAUUAGCGGCAAAGAAAAUUGAAGAGGAAAAUUUAGAGAAUCAAUUAGUUAAUACUAAAAAUAAGUUGAAUGAAGAUAAUCAAUUGUGGUUAGAACUUUUAUUAGAAACUCAACAAGAAGUUUUACAAAAUGACAACGCUUUUGCCCGAAAACAAUUGGAAAAGGUUAAAAAAAGAUUGUCUAAGGUACUAACCGCUGAAGAAAUUCAAGAUUUCUUAGGCAAAAAAGUAGAAAUAAAUGAAUUGGAAAUUGAACUAAACAAUCUCAAAAUUCAGGAAAGUCAAAAUGACUAA